GAACUUUUUCCUCACUUCUCUAGCAAUCCGUGACUGUGUAAGUUGUGCGUAGAGCAUUACUGUGGCAAAACCCCUCCACUGCAAGUGUGAAAAUCUUUUCAAUCACUCCCAAGAAAAAUCGUAUUCGUGCGCUUCAAAUCUUCAUCCAUCUUUCGGAUUCACCGAACAUAUUACGUUUUCAUAAUAUCGUGUGUGCUUGUCGGAGACACAACCACUUUCCGGACGCACGUAGUUGUGAAAAAUUCUUAGCCAAAACUGCUCCAGUUGGCAGGUUUGUUCAACACACAUCCUUCACCCCCCGUGUCUCGUGGAAGUGUGACGAAGCUGCUGAAGUUUCGGUCCCCCCAACUGUACCCCCGUACCCUCACACACCGUCGGCAGCACAUUUUGUGUCCACUGAUUAACACGAGCAAGGAUCGCCUGGAGCGGCGCCUAUCGUUUUAUAUGACUUUAGAAAGCGUACAAGAAACACCAGCACUCAAAGAGGCACCGCUUUCUCCCAUAUUAAGGAGUUCCAGUGGUACGACGUGCAUGAUUUCUCAUAGAAGCAGUAAAAGUCAUAGGACUUCAAAAUAUUCUAGCAAUAGACACCGGAAAUUACAACCGUUCAGAGAAACGUGAAAACACUCUGCGCGACAUCCUCUAGGCAUCUGUAAAAAAUUAAUUUAAAAAUUGUGUUAUUAAGAACCAUCUACUUGUACUACUGCUACUACUAAAAUUUUUGCGCCAAAAAAAAACAACAAAAAAUUAAAAAAAAAAGAGGACAACCAGCACACACACCGUGUCUCGCUCGUGCACCGCUGAGAUCAAUCGCGUAUGCUAAAAGCAGCGGUUUUUGGCGGUCCCGGUGGCACCACAGACUGUGUUAGGAACGGUGUGAAUGACAGACGGUGAGAGAGACAGAGUGGCAGGCAAAAGCGUGUUUAGAAUCAAAGCCCCACCUGGAAAGUAGCAAAAAGCUCCCGAGAGUACAGUUUUUGGAAGUCUGUAGCCGUGCGUUUGGAAAAGGACUGUGACUGAUCUUUGAACAAAAUAGUCUCAAUCAAGAACGAACCCCCGCCCCGGCGUGAGUUCGAGAGUGUUGCCAAAAUCCCCUUUAAACCGGUGCGAAUCCCGAAGCCGCUAAUUUUCAAACAUCCGACCACCCCGGCCACCACCAAACAACAAAAAAUUCUACAAAUGCUUUUGCUAGCAACCACCGCCAGCAUUCGAUUGGAACGUGAAAACGCCGCCAUUGACGCCAAUACCGACGUGUUGCUGGUGCAGGAGUGCCGACGCACCACCACCACCACGACGACCGUCAUCCGUCCGAUCAGCAACGAUCGUCGCAAAGAAGCACAGAUGAAUUUGGCCAGCCAGGAGCAACAGUGGUUUCGCUAAGGUGUGUGUGAGCGUGUAAGCCCUCCCCGAACAUCGUAGAACCAUUCUCGCCAAGACGACGACGACGACGACGAUUCGCGAUCCAACGCCACACCGCAUGUUGUCACGUGUUUGCCUUUUGCGCGCGUUCCCGAGGAAGAAGCUUCUUUGCCUAUGAAGUAGGAAAGAGAGGGGGGUUGAUGAACCACUGCUGCGAAGCUGUGUGAGCACACCCGGAAGUGCUGCUGGUCCAUGUGCUUGAAGCAACAUUCACCUGUUGUGCCAGGGAAAACACGCAUAUAUCCAACACGAGGAUAUCCGCCGCUGUCGCUAAGUGUGAGGAAAUCAUCGCUCCUUUGUCGUGCUCGCGUCAAAAACUGAGUUGCUAAGCUGUCUAGCGUUCCGUGAAAAACUGCGAGUCAAAAAAGGGAUUUCGUUGACUUCAUCUCUAUCUUGCCUGUUGGUCGAUAAAAGCAGCAAAAAUGGCUACCGUGAACGUGAAUCGCAAUGUGACCGACAUCUUCUACCGGUACAAGAUGCCCCGCAUCAACGCGAAGGUAGAGGGUAAGGGAAACGGCAUCAAGACGGUGAUCGUGAACAUGGCCGAUGUGGCGCGCGCGAUCGGCCGCCCGGCAACCUACCCGACGAAGUACUUUGGCUGCGAGCUGGGAGCUCAAACGCAAUUUGACCAUAAGAACGAACGCUUCAUUGUGAACGGUUCGCACGAUGCAGCCAAGCUGCAGGACCUGCUCGACGGGUUCAUCCGCAAGUUUGUGCUGUGCCCGGAGUGCGACAACCCGGAGACGGACCUGAUCGUCUCGUCCAAGAAGGGUACGAUCUCGCAGGGCUGCAAGGCGUGCGGCUUCCACGGGCCGCUCGAGGUGAACCACAAGGUGAACACGUUCAUCAUCAAGAACCCGCCGAACGUGAACCCGGCCAGCCAGGGCGCGUCCCUGACCGAGGGCAAGCGCAGCAAGCGCACCAAGAAGGGCGAGAACGGCGACGACUCGACGGCCGGGCUGAACACCACGGCGAACGGUGGCGGUGAGAACGGCACCAACGGCGAGCAGAACGGCGACGCCGACUCGCCGAACGGGUCGAUUGCGGGCGGCGACGUGGACGACGUGAGCUGGACGGUCGACACGUCCGAGGAGGCGGUGCGGGCCCGCAUGCAGGAUCUGACCGACGGCGCGAAGAACAUGACCGUGUCGGACGACUUCGACAAGACGGAGAAGGAGCGAAUGGACAUCUUCUACGAGCUGGUGAAGCGCAAGCGGGACGCGAACGAGCUGGACAACGUGCAGGUGCACAAGGAGCUGGUGACCGAGGCGAGCCGGCUCGACAUCCAGUCGAAGGCGACGCUCGUGCUGGUGGAGCUGCUGUUCACCGCCAACAUCACGCAGGAGGCGCGCAAGUACCGCAACCUGCUGCUGCGCUUCACGCACGAGGACAAGAAGGCGCAGAAGUACUUUAUCGGCGGGCUGGAGCAGACGAUCUCGCUGCACGCGGACAAGCUGAUGGACAAGGUGCCCGGGCUGCUGAAGCUGUUCUACGACAGCGACGUGCUGGACGAGAAGGUCAUCCUCGACUGGUCGCAGAAGGUGAGCAAGAAGUACGUCUCGAAGGAGAUCGCGGCCCAGAUCCACGAGCGCGCCAAACCCUUCGUCCAGUGGCUGCAGGAGGCGGAGGAGGAGGAAUCGUCCGAGGAGGACGACGAUUCGGAGGUCGAGAUCGAGUACGACGAUCGGGCGAAGGUGGACUCGCUGCGCAAGGAGCCGGCAAAACCGGACCCGAAGAAGCUGGCCCGCGCCUCGCUCGAGGAGGAUGACGAGGAUGGCGAUGAUCUUAACAUUGAUGAUAUCUAAGGGACAGACUAGCGCGAUUUCCUCCCCGCUCUUCGAUCGGUGCAUCUCUCUUUCUCUCUCUGCGCCUGCUUCUUUGCUUUACCGGAGCGUGCGUGUGUGUGUUGAUAGGCCGGAAGGUGUUUAAAUCCUUAUGCUUGCAUAACGUUUUCUCGCCUCUCCUUCCUCACGCACAUAUACGUCGCCGUACGCAUUGUUUGCUUGAAUCACGCGUUUAUCAAAGAAUUUUAAGAUAAGUUUUUCACCCUUUCUUUGGGUCUCGUUCGUGGUUGGUAUGAAAAUAUCUAAACGACGGUUUGAAAUACUUUUUCGCUUUUUCAUGAUUUUAGAAUCAUGCUAGAGGGGCAUGAUGUUUUGUUUUAUUCCCUACUCCCAUGCAGUGUUUAUGUUUUUUUUUCUUUCUUUUGGGUUUAAUCGCUUUAUCCAUCCAUUUAUCCCGCCAGCCCGCGGUUUAGUUUGUGGGGGUGGGGUGCGUGUGUUGGCGCAAUGCUGGCGUUUAUCGAUGAAAAGGAAACAACGCAUGUAACACAUGUCGAUUCAAAAACAGCAAAAGCAACCGCGCGUUACGCGUUAAGA